AAUAGGCUAAUAAAACCCAGAAAUAGGUUUGUUCAGGACAAGAGCUGGUAAAAUAGUUAGUUAAAAGGCUUCCACAGAAAUGGCGGCAGAGCUGGAAGAACUGCUGGGCUUCCUUUCAUCCCCUUCUCCACCUGUAAAAAAAGCAGCAGUUGACAUUAUUCGGGAUUAUACAGGAUCGGAGGAUGGCUUGCAAAUGCUUGGAAAGUGUUGCGGCGUUCUUCUUCCAUCUCUUUCUCGCCUUCUGGCUGAAAAGAAGGAGGUGUCAGAGCCUGCAGCUGAAGCACUUGUAAAUUUGUCACAAAAUUCAGAUUUAGCUAAAAAGAUGGUGGAUACUGGUGUUGUUGAGACAGCAAUGGAAAUUUUAUACAAGGAGAACUGUGAAAUUACUGGAUUGUUGGUUAUGCUCCUUGUUAACCUUACACAGUUGGAUGCUGGUAUUGAUUCUUUGCUUCAGUCUGGGGAUGAGAAAAUGAAAGGCCUUUAUAUCAUGAAGCUUGUCAGAUCAUUCUGUACGUCAUCCAGUGAGAGAAGAGGUGAUCCAUUUGAACAUGUGGCAUCUGUUCUUGUGAACAUUUCAAAGAAAGAAGCCGGAAGGAAGCUUCUGUUGGAUCCAAGGAGGGGACUUUUGAAGCAAAUCAUUAGGCAGUUUGAUUCAGUUAGCCCAUUGCGGAAGAAAGGGGUCUCAGGAACCAUCCGUAAUUGCUGUUUUGAAGCUGAAAGCCAGCUGCAGAAUCUUCUUUUGAUCUCAGAAUUUCUGUGGCCAGCUCUACUCCUGCCAGUUGCUGGAAACAAGAUAUAUAGUGAGCAAGAUGCCUCUAAAAUGCCACUCGAGCUUGCAAGUGCACUUUCAAUUGAGCGCGAGCCAGUUGCUGAUCCUGACAUACGUGUCCAAGCACUUGAGGCCAUUUACCUGCUGGUAUUGCAGGAGGCAGGUCGAAGAGCAUUUUGGUCAGUUAAUGGACCUCGAAUACUGCAAGUAGGUUAUGAAGAUGAAGGACAUCCUAAAGUGAUGGAAGCAUAUGAGCAAAUUGGUGCCCUGCUGUUGCAAGAGAGCAGCUCUGGUGAUUAAUCCACGGGGGCACCGAACUUGGUUAAUGUGACCUUCUUUUUCAUCUUCAAGUUCCUCAAAUGCAGGAACCCUCAAGCAUGCAAAAGUAUGCAUGAAUUCCAAAUUCUUUCGUGUGCUUUGGAGGUUGUCCAUCAGUUACCGCUCCAUUUCACGAUCCGUGAUGGUUGCUGCUUAGCAAUUUGACGCACUGAUUUCGUCAGUGAUCUUUUCAUUGAAGAGAGGAGCAAAAAUUUACUAGACUGCUGUUAUUGUUGGAGAAGAAACACAAUCAAGCACCGCAUAUUAUGUCUUCGGCUUAGAUACAUUCAAAUGAUGCAAGUUUGUUUUGAUCAGUUUCUUUCCACCCUGGACACGUUUGUUUGGAUUGCUGGGCUGCCUGGAUUGUGGGAGCUUCAUCCAUUGUCGGCAUCCUUUCCUUGCUGUAUUUGGUUAAUGAUGCUAACAGAAAGAAACUGGCACAAAAACUCACUUGCCUAGCCUGUUCCAUAAUUCUAUGCUCCCUGUUUAGCACUUAGGAUUGGUACCACUAAUAUAUCAAUGUGUGUUUUGUCUCCUUAGAUGGUGCAUUCUAUGGUUAACUCGAGGGUUUCAAGGCGUCA